UUCAACUGAAUAUGGGUUGAAAAGGAUUUGCAAAUCAUUGUAUUCCGUUUAUAUUUACAUCUAACACAAUUUCCCAACUCAUAUGGAAAUGGGGUUUGUAAAACAAACCCAGGUGUCAAACAGGGACUAAAAGAGUCCAAAGCUUACAGAACCCGGAUCAUGACUUUCUACAAUCUGUCACUAUUUACACUUCACACACCCUCUUUUUUAACCAGUAGAAUUGUCCUUUGUUGCCUUUCUUCCUCUCCACGAUGUUAUUGCUUGUAUGCACUUUGUGUGUGCGUUUUGACACACUCAACAUCAUGCGCCUCGGCUCUCUAGUCACCGCCGCACAGCGGCAUUCAGAUGAAAGAACGGUGAACGUACUUUUCAAAAGUGUUAUAGUACCAAUUUCAUUGAUUAGUACCACAAUACUUUAUUAGUAGCAGUAUACUGUACAACACUACUACACACACAUACAGUACAUAGAAGAAAGUGUGUUUUUGUUGUUUGUGUCUUGCAGACGUCCAGCAGCUGAUGGGUAAUCCAGAAGAAGUUUCCCCUCAGUCAGGGGGGAGCUCCACUUUGAAGCAGGAGACUCCACAACCACCCUGCAUUAAAAAGGAAGAGGAGGAACUCUGCAUCACUCAGGAGGGAGAGUGUCUUCUAGGACGAGAGGAAGCUGAUUACACCAAGUUUCCACUGACUAUUGUCUCUGUGAAGACUGAAGAUGAUGAAGAGAAACCACAAGUAGACAACCUCUUAGCUCCACUAUCAGAUAGUGAGGCUGAAGACGAGGUUGAAGUAACUUUGAGCAGCGAUACAGACUGUGAAGGUGAUAUGAGGACUCACACUGACAACAAACACUCUGAAUGCUCUACAAAGAAGAGAGGGGAAACAUGUUUGAGCUGCUCAGUUUGUGCUGAAAGUUUUACUACAAAGAGCCAAUUUACUGGACACAUGAGAACACACACAGGUAAAAAAACAUUUAAAUGUUCGGUUUGUGGCAAAAGCUUUUCUCUAAGUAGCAAUUUGAUUGUACACAUGAGAACACACACAGGAGAAAGAACAUUUAAGUGUUCAGUUUGUGGCAAUAACUUUUCUCAAAAUAGCCAUUUGACGCGACACAUGAGAACACACACAGGUGAAAAACCAUUUAAUUGUUCAGUUUGUGGCAAAAGCUUUUCUCAAAAAAGCCAUUUGACUGAACACAUGAGAACACACACGGGUGAAAAACCCUUCAAAUGUUCAGUUUGUGGCAACAGCUUUUGUCAAAAUAGCUAUUUGAUUCAACACAUGAGAACACACACAGGGGAAAAAACAUUUAAGUGUUCCGUUUGUGGCAGAAGCUUUUCUCGAAAUAGCAUUUUGACUGAACACAUGAGAACACACACAGGUGAAAAACCGUUUAUUUGUUCAGUUUGUGGCAAAAGCUUUCAUCAUAACAACUCUUUGUAUCGACACAUGAGAACACACACGGGUGAAAAACCAUUUAAUUGUUCAGUUUGUGGCAAAAGCUUUUCUCAAAAUAGCUCUUUGACCGAACACACGAGAACACACACGGGAGGAAAUACAUUUAAUUGUUCAGUUUGUGGCAAACGCUUUUCUCAAAAGAGCUAUUUGAUCCAACACAUGAGAACACACACCGGAAAAAAAACAUUCAAUUGUUCAGCUUGUGGCAGAAGCUUCGCUCGAAAUAGCAUUUUGACUGAACACAUGAGAACACACACAGGUGAAAAAACAUUUAACUGUUCAGUUUGUGGCAAAAGCUUUCAUCAUAACAACUCUUUUUUUACUAAAAAGAGCAAUUUGACUCGACACAUGAGAACACACACAGGAGAAAAACAAUUUAAUUGUUCAGUUUGUGGUGAAAGCUUUUCCCGAAAUAGCAAUUUGACUCGGCACAUGAGAACACACACAGGUGAAAAACCAUUUAAUUGUUCAGUGUGUGGCAAAAGCUUUUCUCAAAAUAACAAUUUGACUGAACACAUGAGAUCACACACUGGAGAAAAAACAUGUCAUUGUUCAGUUUGUGGCGAAAGCUUUUCUCGAAAUAGCAAUUUGAUUAAACACAUGAGAACACACACAGGUGAAAAACCAUUCAAAUGUUCAGUUUGUGGCAACAGCUUUUCUCAAACUAGCUCUUUGACUCAACACAUGAGAACACACACAGGAGAAAAGCCAUUUAAGUGUUCGGUUUGUUGCAAAAGCUUUUCCCAAAGCAACCAUUUGACUAAACACAUGAGAACACACACAGGAGAAAAGCCAUGUAAUUGUUCAAUUUGUGGCGAAAGCUUUUCUCUGAAUAGCAAUUUGACUCGACACAUGAGAACGCACACAGGUGAAAAACCAUUUGAUUGUUCAGUUUGUGGCACCAGCUUUUCUCAAAGUAGCAAUUUGACUCAACACAUGAGAACACACAAGGGCGAAAAAACAUGUUCAGUUUGUGGCAAAAGUUUUUCUAAAAGUAGCAAUUUGACUCGACACAUGAAAACGCACACAGGCGAAAAAACAUGUUCAGUUUGUGGCAAAAGUUUUUCCAAAAAUAGCAAUUUGACUAAACACAUGAGAACACACACAUUCAAAUGUCCAGUUCAGGGAUGGGAACUUUCCGCGGAUCCGCGGAAUUCCGCCGAUGUUGGGCCCGCCAGGGUCUAUUAUAUAAUAUAAUGCCAAUGUGUGAAGGCACCUGAUUGGCUAGCUCUACUAUCAGCAGACAACAUCAACCAAUGACAUUGCCCGUUAUAGUACAAAAAACAUUUAGUUGUUCAGUUUGUGGCAAAAACUUUUCUGUUAAGAGCUCUUUUACUGACCACAUGAGAACACACGCAGGUGAAACACCAUAUAAGUGUUCACUUUGUGGCAGAAGUUUUCUAAAAAUAGCCAAUUGACUUGACACAUGAGAACACACACAGGAGAUAAAACAGUAAGUUUUGCAGUGUGCUGUAAAAGGUUCACACAUAAUACAGACACAGUAAAUUACACAAGGGAAAAUAAGCAAUUAGCUGUUUAGUUUGUGGUAUGUUGCUCAUAUGUGGCGACAUCCACCCUACCCAGGACCUCCUCACUGCUUCUUUCACUAAUAUCUGAGGUAUUCAUACAUACUUGGAUUAUUUGGAGCAUAAUCUUAUCCACUCAUGACCCCAUGUCUUCUCUGUAUCUGAAACCUUCCUGAACAGUAAGAUAGAUGAUGCUUCAAGUGCUUGGUUACUCCUUCUUCAGUCCAGGGACCUCGUUUGUCAAGUUUGUGCACGCUCAAAAACCUGCACUACACCCUUUUUCACUGCAAAGUUGAGAUGUAUCAAAACUGACGUUGACGCAACUGUUUGCAAAACCAAGUGUCAACUUUUACUCCUCAGACUGAUUGAUGUGCAAAUCAGAGACAUAUGAACAAUUAACCCCCAACACCCACAACCCACCCCCACAUCCCCAUAAGAGGUUUAAUUAGGCCCGCGGGAUGAGUUUGCGAAGUGUAAAAUUCAUAUGCAUUUUUUUUAGUGAAAGACACUGCUGUUCUAAUUGUGUCCACUGGAUGUCGCAAUAGCAAUUCUGUUAGGCAAGCAAAUAGCAUAGCAAGUAUACCAAGCAAGAGGUACCCGGUAAAGCGGGGCUGUGACUCCUCCCCCUCCACCCAACGUAAAAGAGGAGUAAAAUAAUCAAUCAGUGGCAGAGGGGUUAGUGCGUCUGCCUCACAAUACGAAGUUCCUGCAGUCCUGGGUUCAAAUCCAGGCUCGGGAUCUUUCUGUGUGGAGUUUGCAUGUUCUCCCCGUGAAUGCGUGGGUUCCCUCCGGGUACUCCGGCUUCCUCCCACCUCCAAAGACAUGCACCUGGGGAUAGGUUGAUUGGCAACACUAAAUGGUCCCUAGUGUGUGAAUGUGAGUGUGAAUGUUGUCUGUCUAUCUGUGUUGGCCCUGCGAUGAGGGGGCGACUUGUCCAGGGUGUACCCCGCCUUCCGCCCGAUUGUAGCUGAGAUAGGCGCCAGCGCCCCCCGCUACCCCAAAAGGGAGUAAGCGGUAGAAAAUGGAUGGAUGGAUAACCCCACUUCAAAUGCAGCAUGAGACACUGCACACUGAUAUAGUUCUGUGAAAAUGAUUGUCUUCUGUGCAAAUGUAAAGAAAGUGAACAGUGUGUGAUUUACUGCAAUACUGUCAGUCUUUCAACUUUUUAUUUGUGCUUUGUUCAAAUUUUUCAUCUAAGUUCAUUGCGUUCUUUAAGGUGUUUUUGAAAACGCCCCAUUUUUUUUUUUUUUUCCUCAGAAGUUUAAACUAACUUGGAAGUGUUUUGUCAUGAUGAUUAUUUGUGAUCUGUACAUUUUCAGAACGUGCUUGUUUUAUUUUUGGCCAAAGUAAAAUAAAGAAAAUCAGCGGAA